AUGGUUUCUAAAGGCACUAUUGCAGUCGAAGAGGCAGUCAUCAGCCCCAGCACAGCAUGGCUUCUGGAUGAAUCUCAGCAGAUAUUAACCCCAGGAAACGCAAGCAAACAAUCGGUUGAAUCCCAUAAGGCUCGUCUUAUGGACAUUCAUGGGUCGCGCUUGCAAUCUAUGGACGCGGAAGGGGUCGAGUAUAUGCUGCUGUCCCUUACUUCCCCGGGAUGCCAAGGUAUACAUGACCAGGAACUAGCAGCGAAGUCAGCUACUGAGUUUAACAACUGGCUGGCUGGAGAGGUGGCCAAAACCCCCAGUCGCUUUGGUGGUUUGGCAGCGCUCUCCAUGCAUGAUCCUCUCCAGGCUGCAAGGGAGCUCGAAAGAGCUGUCAAAGAGCUGAAAUUCUUUGGUGGCAUCCUCAAUGACUACCAGCUUAUGGGUAAAGAUGGCUUGCAGAAGCAGUACUACGAUACUGCUUCUUAUGAUCCAUUCUGGAAAAAGGUCGAAGAACUGGAUGUGCCAAUCUAUUUCCACCCCCGAUAUCCAUCAGCAAAGGAACUUUCGAACGGAGGCUCCGUAUAUGCAUCACGCAUGCAUUUGCUUGGUGCCGGUGUCCAGUUCCAUCUUGAUCUUUCAUUUCACGUCUACGCCAUGUGCUCCUCAGGUAUCUUUGAUCGGUUUCCUGGUGUGAAGAUAGUGGUGGGUCAUCUUGGGGAAAAGUAUGUUGUGACCUGUUCCAUUUCCAUCGAAUGCUCUUUCUUUCUCACAACCAAUCUCAGCAUCCCAUUCAAUUUGUGGCGAGCAUCGCACUGGUAUAAUAAGCCAAGCAAAAAGAUCGCUCGCCCCUCGCAGCAGGACUAUAAAUACUACUUUCAACACAACGUUUUCAUUACAACUUCGGGAAAUUUCUCGACGUCUGGGUUGAAGUCCUGCAUAGAAGAGCUAGGCCAAGAGCGAUGCUUAUACUCAAUUGAUACUCCAUACGAUCAAGUUGAAGAGGCUCAGGCAUGGUGGAGAACCGUUGAUAUUGAUCCCACUGUGAAGGAAAUGGUCGCAAGGGGCAAUGCAAUUAAGCUAUUCAAGCUACCGCUGAAGGCUUAG